AUGGUUUGGCAACGCUACAUCCUUGCCGCCACGACUGCGGCCCUGUUGGCGCCUGCAGCGUUGGCAAUACCGGCACCUACGCCCAUCGGACCUCGCGCCUCGCAGGAGACUGUCCCCGCGCCACCAGAGUUUGCCGACCUCAACACUCCGACCAAGGACUCUCCGGGUCCUCCCGGUGCCAAGGGUUCACCUCGUGGAUCGCCAGCUUUGGCAGGAUACAACCCUGCUUACUCGAUCGACAGCUCGGAGAAGGCCGUCGUUCCCCAGUCUGAUUUCGAAUUGUCCGAGGCGCAGAAGGCCCAAGCAGACCUCGGGCUGUAUUUGGAUCUGUCAACAGUGAAGAACCCGCAACCUAUCCGCGGCAGUGGAUACGCCCCGACUGACCCGGGUCCACGCAAUCAAGCGAUCGAUCGCCAGAACCCCGAUCUUUUCGCUCCUCCAACAUCCGACAGUGGCGAUGUCCCCAACGUCAAGUGGCCAUUGGGAUUGAGCCACAACCGUCACGGCAGUGUCGCCUCCGCCGGCUGGGCCCGCCAGCAGAAUGUCGAUGUGCUCCCUAUUGCCAAGCGUAUGGCUGGUGUUGACAUGUACCUGGCGCCCAACGCCUAUCGCGAGCUGCACUGGCACGAGACCAAUGAGUGGGGCCUCAUCCUCAACGGCAGUGCACGUGUCACUGCUAUGAAUGAAGCCGGAGAGACCUUCCUCGACGACCUCGAAGCUGGCGACGUUUGGUCAUUCCCUGCCGGUGUCCCGCAUUCGAUCCAGGCGUUCGGUCAGGGUGUUGAGUUUCUCCUCGUAUUUGACUCUGGCGAGUUCUCCGAGGACGGUACUUCAUUGGUCUCCGAGAUGACCCUCCGCAUGCCCAAGUCCGUUCUUGCCAAGAACUUCCAGGUCGAUGUUUCUGCGUUCGAUCACAUCCCGCAGAACCAAUUGUACAUCUUCCCAGGCACACCGGCCCCUGCCAACAUCAGUGCCCAGAACGCUACUGGACCCGGCGGUGUCAUCCCGCAGAACAACUCGUAUGCCUACCACUUCUCCAAGCAAGCUCCGCUGGAAGUCCCCGGCGGCACAGUGAAGAUUCUAGACUCUUUGACUUUCCCCGUGGCCAAGGACUUCGCCGCCGCCUUGUUCACCGUCAAGCCCGGCGCAAUGCGCGAGCUACACUGGCACACUACCUCCGACGAAUGGAACUUCAUCAUCGCAGGUCAAGGUCGUCUGACCGCCUACAGCCCUCCCAGCUCCAGCCGAACCUUUGACUUCCAAGCCGGCGACGCAGGAUACGCUCCUGCCACGCUAGCCCAUUACCUCGAGAAUACCGGCACCGAGGAUUUGGUGUAUCUGGAGAUUCUGCAGGCGCCUGUGUACAACGACAUUUCCGUCGCUCAGUGGCUGGGCUUGACGCCGAAGCAGAUCGUAAAGGAUCACUUGGGUUUCUCGGAAGCGACGCUGGAUCGCUUACCGAAAUUCAAGCCAUACAUCUUGCCUGGCAACAAGAACCUUCUUACUACCAACUUCACCAGCGAGGGCGCAUAG